AUGCCCCGAUCCUACUGGGACUACGACUCGGUCAACAUCUCCUGGGGCGUACUCGAGAACUACGAGGUUGUCCGUAAAAUUGGCCGCGGAAAGUACUCGGAAGUCUUUGAGGGCAUCAACGUCGUCAACUACCAGAAAUGCGUGAUCAAAGUCCUCAAACCUGUUAAGAAGAAGAAGAUAAAGCGUGAGAUCAAGAUCCUUCAGAAUCUGUCGGGUGGCCCCAACAUCGUCUCGCUGCUGGACGUGGUGCGCGACAACCAGGUUAGUGACGGCUCCGACUGGAUCGGCGACUGGAGCAAAACCCCUUCGUUGAUAUUCGAAUAUGUCAACAACACCGACUUCCGGAGUCUGUACCCCAAGUUCCAGGACUAUGACGUACGAUACUACAUUUUCGAACUGCUCAAGGCGCUCGACUACUGCCACAGCAAAGGCAUCAUGCACCGUGAUGUCAAGCCUCAUAACGUUAUGAUCGAUCAUGAGAAGCGGAAGUUGCGCCUAAUCGACUGGGGUCUAGCGGAAUUCUACCAUGCAGGAACCGAAUACAACGUCCGCGUUGCGUCACGUUACUUCAAGGGUCCUGAGCUACUGGUCGAUUUCCAAGAGUACGACUACUCGCUCGACAUGUGGUCGCUGGGUGCCAUGUUCGCCUCGAUGAUCUUUAGGCGAGAACCCUUCUUCCACGGCAACAGCAACUCGGACCAGCUUGUCAAGAUCGCCAAGGUCCUCGGAACCGAAGACCUGUUCGAUUAUCUCGACAAGUACGAUAUUGAACUCGAUGCCCAGUACGACGACAUACUUAGUCGGUAUCCCAAGAAGCCGUGGCACUCGUUCAUCAAUGCCGAGAACCAGCGCUUUGUCAGCAACGAUGCAAUUGACUUUCUGGACAAGCUACUACGAUACGACCACCAGGACCGACUGACCGCCCAAGAGGCUAUGCAACAUCCUUACUUUGCUCCCGUCCGACAGGCUGCGCAGCAAAACAGCACCGCGGCAUGA